AUGGCAUCGAACAAUCCCUUGCCUCUUCCUCAGCAUGUUCAGGACGAUGACAAGCUCGCUUCAUUUGAUUCCAUUCCCUUGUUCAUGAAGUCACUACCCGAGGAUGCCGCGGACGAUCCUGUGAUCGGAGCUUUGCAAAGUCUUGCGUUCGAAGGUACACCAGACGAGGUUGCACAAAAUUUCAAAGAACAAGGAAACGACUACUUUAAAGGCAAGCGGUAUCGCGAAGCACUCCAGUUCUACACUCAGGGUGUGGAUGCUGCCCCAUCCAAUAAAACACUUAUGGAGGCUCUGUUGUGUAAUAGAGCUGCUUGUAACCUAGAACUCAAGAAUUAUGGCUUGGUCCUGAAAGAUUGCUCCGAGGCUAUAACACUGAACCCUCAAUCAUCAAAAGCGCAUUAUCGCUCUUCCGUGGCACUCCUGGCCUUGGAACGGUUCGAAGAGGCACUUGAUUGCUGUUACCGAUGUCUGCGAUUCGACCAGAAUAACGAGAGUGUUCAAGCCGUGCGCGAGAAGACCGCGCAGCAGAAAGCAUUACAGGAAAAGAAGGAGAAGGAGAAGCAGGAGAGGAUACGAAGAAAGGGGGUGGAGAAAAGACGCUUACGUACUGCAUUCAAGGAACGCAACUUCGUCACGAUAUCGCAACCAGAGACGGACUCAGAAAGUCCAUAUCUACCCCGCUUUGAUCCUGAGGACCCCACACAAAGCACCUUGAUCAUGCCCGUAUUUUUCCUUUAUCCGCAAUAUGCGACCUCCGACGUCGUUUCUCACUUCGUGGAGGAUACGCCGUUCUCAGCUCACCUUGCCGUCAUGUUCCCACCGCAAGCACCUCCGCCAGAAUGGGACACGAAACACGAAUACGUUGAUGGGCAGCUCGUUAUUUACGCCAUGACCCAUCGGAAGCGUCUAUUGAAGAGAGAUCUCAAGAUCUCAAAGUUAGGGUUUCCGGGGGCCCCUCACGUGCAUGCACCUGCUCACCGGAUAGCGACACCGCGAGAUUUCACAACUAGCAAAAUCGACGACGGUGGUAGGCUCGGACCCAUAACCAUCAAGAUGUCCGUUCAGCACAAGAUCCUCCGCACAGCUAACGCGCCUACGACCGCCCCAGAUGAAACCGAGAUCAGUGUCGCGCAGGCUCUGAUCGAUUUGGAGAAUGGUGUCCCCGAGCUCAAGACGGAACUUCGACCUUUGCAGAUUUCGGCAGCCCGUGAAGUCGAUGUUCGCGGUGGCAAGAAGGCCAUCGUCAUUUUCGUACCUGUGCCACAGCUGAAGGCAUUCCACAAGGUCCAGCAAAGAUUGACCAGGGAGCUAGAGAAGAAGUUCUCAGAUCGCCAUGUCGUGUUCGUUGCUCAGCGUCGGAUGUUGCGCAAGCCAACCCGCACCUCUCGGGUUAAGCAGAAGAGGCCUCGCAGCCGCACGCUCACCAACGUCCACGAGAAGAUUCUUGAGGAUCUGGUCUUCCCUACCGAGAUUGUUGGCAAGAGGACGCGUGUUGCUGUGGAUGGAUCAAAACUUCUGAAAGUCUUCCUCGACUCAAAGGAUGCCACGUCGCUUGAGUACAAGCUUGACUCCUUCUCGUCGGUAUACCGCCGUCUGACAGGCAAGGAUGUCGUGUUCGAGUUCCCAGUGCAGGCGCAGGAGUAG